AUGGUGUCACAACUCCAACCUUGGCUCAAUGUCACUGAAGUCAUCGCAAAAACAAAACUACCAUCUCUUGCAAUGUUUCGGCACUUGAAGACGCUGAAAACAAGCGAUGCCGAUGUUGUGCGCACAUCGAUGCCUCUUACCUUACGUUCACUGAAAAUUACAGAUAAAACUCCUCUCGCUCUAAAUGCACCAUUCUCCACUCUUGUUCAUGGCCAAGUUCACAAAUUCAAUCUGUUUCGCCCACUGCGCGAUGAACAAGAACUUCUUAACGUUCUGCAUCAAUUUCCAAAUCUUCGUUUUUUGUCGAUAGUUCUUCCAUCAAGGAAUUCGAAAGAAUGUUUGAUUAAUAUUUUUGACGUAGACAAUGUUGGUUUAUCUCGCCUAGUAUGUCUUCAAGCUCGGAAUGGAGAUGCACACUUGUGGAAGGAGGCGCCGUUUGAAUGGCUCAUCAUUUAUACUCAUCUCAAAUAUCGUUUGAAUCCAUUUCAUGUUAAUUUUUCUGAACGAAAAGGACUUGUCGUUUGGUUAUGA